AUGUUCAAGUCUGUUGUUUAUUCAGUUUUAGCCGCUUCUUUGGUUAAUGCAGGCACAAUCCCUCUAGGUAAGAUGGCCGACAUUGCCAAGAUUGGUACACAAGAAGAUAUCAUUCCCUUCUUGGGCGGUUCUGGGCCAUAUUUCUCUUUCCCUGGAGACUACGGUAUUUCUCGUGAUUUGCCUGAAGGUUGUGAGAUGAAACAACUACAUAUGUUUGCUAGACAUGGUGAAAGAUAUCCUACUUUCAGCAAAGGUGCAACGCUCUUGAAAACCUGGUACAAGUUAUCCAAUUAUACUGGUACAUACAAUGGCUCAUUGUCAUUUUUGAACGACGAUUAUGAGUUUUUUAUUCGUCAUCAUGAUGACUUGGAAAUGGAAACCACACUUGCCAAUUCUGAUGACGUUUUGAAUCCAUACACUGGUGAAAUGGAUUCCAAGAGACAUGCUCGUGAAUUUUUGGCACAAUACGGUUACAUGUUGGAAAACAAAACUAGCUUCCCAGUGUUUGCCGCCAGUUCUGAAAGAGUUCAUGAUACCGCUCAAUAUUUCAUUGACGGUUUAGGUGACCAAUUCAAUAUUUCCUUGCAGACUGUUAGUGAAGCUAUGUCUGCUGGUGCCAACACUUUGAGUGCCGCUAAUUCUUGUCCGGCUUGGGAUGGAGAUGCUUUCGAUGAUAUUUUGAGUCAGUACGAUACUACAUACUUGGAUGAUAUUGCCAAGAGAUUAAACAAGGAAAACAAGGGUUUGAAUUUGACCUCAACUGAUUCCGACAACUUGUUUGCAUGGUGUGCAUACGAAUUAAAUGCCAGGGGCUACAGUGAUGUCUGUGAUAUCUUUACCAAAGAUGAAUUGGUCCGUUAUUCCUAUGGCCAAGACUUGGUCUCCUUCUACCAGGAUGGUCCAGGUUAUGAUAUGAUCAAAUCUGUCGGUGCCAACUUGUUCAAUGCUACUUUAAAGUUGAUGAAACAAAGCGAAAUGCAUGAUUUAAAGGUCUGGAUGAAUUUCCUCCACGAUUGUGAUAUUUUAAACUACUUGACCACCGUAGGAAUCAUCGAUGACAAAAAUACUUUGACUGCAGACCACGUUUCAUUCAUGAACAACACCUACCGCAAGUCUUGGUAUGUUCCUCAAGGUGCCCGUUUCUACACUGAAAAGUUCCAAUGUUCCAAUGACACCUAUGUCAGAUACGUCAUCAACGACGCUGUCGUGCCACUCGAAUCCUGUUCCACUGGUCCAGGUUUCUCUUGUGAAAUAAAUGACUUCUACGACUACGCUGAAAAGAGAGUGGCUGGCACUGAUUUCCUAAAGGUCUGUAACGUCAGCAGUGUCAGUAACGUCACUGAAUUAACAUUCUACUGGGAUUGGAACACCACCCAUUACAAUGAUACUCUACUAAAGCAAUAG